CUGGCACACCUUUGCAAGUCAACCCCGACAGGAAACUCUCCAAGGGAGACAUAACUCUCGCGAAUUGACCGGAAUGCCCCUCGCCGGUGCUCGGUGAAGCGGUCCAUGGCCCGGAAAGUGACGAGAGUGCCCCUGACAUUGCUUCUCAGAAACAGUGUGUUCUGUCGCUCUGCACGUGGGGAAUCCACCCCCGACCACCAACAUGACUCCCUGUUCCUUUGCUGUCAUCCAUGGCGAUCUCGCCGUCAUUUUAUAUUAUAUUAUCCUCUUCCCUACACGCAAGCCCAGAUAUAAAUUCGUUCUACACGCAUUGCAUUCGAUUCAUCGACAUCGAAGAAAAGCACGAGCACCCGCGAUCACGUCACUCUUCGUACCGGGAAGAAAGAAAAAAGCUUCCGACUUUUGCUCGUAAAUCCGUCAUGGACGGUGGGGUCCCGAAAAGGGUGGAGUUCGAGGACAUGUUGCCAACGAUGGCGGAGAAGCUGGGCGGCGACGGGCUCAUCCGUGAGCUGUGCAACGGGUUCGAGCUCCUGAUGGACAGGGAGAGGGGGGUGAUCACGCUGGAGAGCCUGAGGAGGAACAGCGCGGUGCUGGGCCUCCAGGACCUGAGGGAGGAUGAGCUAGCCAGCAUGCUCCGGGAGGGCGACGUGGACGGCGACGGCGUGCUGAGCCAGAUGGAGUUCUGCGUCCUCAUGUUCCGGCUGAGCCCCGAGCUGAUGGAGCAGUCGAGGGCGUGGUUCGAAAAAAUCGUCGAGGAAGAGUUCAGGAGAGAGAGGAAGCGAUCGUCUUGAAGCGUAUGAUUUUCCGGAAAAAAAAAAAAAGAGAAGAAGGAAGAAGGAGAAGAAGA